AUGGACGGAGCCGGGCUGGGCGUCACCGCCUGCGCCGCGGCCGCGGGGCUGCUGCUCUACCGCAUCGCGCGGAGGAAGAAGCCCACGCACGUGACGGUGAACUGCUGGUUCUGCAAUCAGGACACGGUGGUGCCCUACGGGAACCGCAACUGCUGGGACUGCCCCAACUGCGAGCAGUACAACGGCUUCCAGGAGAAUGGAGACUACAACAAGCCCAUCCCUGCCCAGUACAUGGAACACCUUAACCACGUUGUGUCGGGCAGUCCGACUUUCUGUGACCCUACCAAACCACAGCAGUGGGUGAGCAGCCAAAUUCUGCUCUGCAAGAAAUGCAACAACCAUCAAACCAUGAAAAUCAAACAGCUGGCUUCAUUCUCACCAAGGGAGGAGGGCAAGUACGAUGAGGAGAUUGAGGUGUACAAGCACCACCUGGAGCAGACCUACAAGCUGUGCCGCCCGUGCCAGGCUGCUGUGGAGUAUUACAUAAAACACCAGAACCGGCAGCUGCGGGCGCUGCUGCUCAGCCACCACUUCAGGCGCCGGGAGACGGACAAGAGCUACGCCCAGAAUUUGUGUUCCUCCUCCUCUUGCACUUCCAUCACCACGCCAGCUCAGGUGGUACUUCUGCGGUUCCUGGCCUUCCUCAGCUGCGUGUUCCUGGUUCUGAUGGCCUUGUACGGGUCAGGCGACCCCUUCUCCCUCAGCACAGCUGUCCCCGCUCCUGUCCCCUCCGGCCCCGCGUCCGUGCGGAACAGGACUGGCACGAGCCCCCGCGGUGACAGUGGCAGUGACAGUGGCAGUGACAGUGGCAGCUGGGGACGGGGCUGGCGGGAGCUGCUCCACCUGCUCCCAGAACGCCUGCUGGAGAGCCUGAGCGCGGCGUGGGCCUACGGCAAGAAUCACCAGAUGGCAGUGGCUGUGCUGGGGCUCUUCACCUGCCUGCUGGCCAUGUUCCUGGCUGGGCGCAUCAGGCUCCGGCGAAUCGAUGCGUUUGCCUCAGUCCUGUGGUUCGGAGUGAUGAGCCUGCAUUUGGCCGAGCGGUACCUGAAGACAGACACGCCCAGCUGGCUGGACACGGCCAAGUUUGGCACCACGUCCCUGUGCUGCCUGGUGGGCUUCACCGCAGCCGUGGCCACACGGAAGUCAACGGGCCAGCGGAGAUUCCGGCCCCGAAGGUACCUCUCUGGGGACUCCAUUACUGUCUUUCCCAGCAGCCCUGGCACAGCCUUCCCUUCACCUGCCACGUCUCUGUUUGUGCCAACACCACCCAGCAUCCUCCACCUGACGAACCAGCAGCUCUUCAGGUCCCCACGCAGAACUGCCUCGUCCUCUCUUCCCGGCCGUCUCAACAGGGCGCUCUCGCUGGGCACCAUCCCCUCGCUGGCCCGGGCAGAUUCUGGUUACUUGUUCAGUGGAAGCCGGCCGGCCUCGCAGUCAUCCCAGUCCAAGGAAUGCCCAACAUCAGAUCCCUUCUCCCUGCUGGCGGGCAGCCGUGCCCCCUCCCGCAUGCCGUCCCCGGCGCCGUCGGUGGCCGGCUCGGUGACCUCCAGCUCGGGCUCGCUGCGCUUCCGCCGGCCGCUCAUCAGCCCCGCUCGCCUCAACCUGCAGGGACAGAAGCUGCUGCUGUUCCCGGCGCAGAACGAGGCCCUGCUGACCCCAAGCGGCUCCGAGGAGCACACCCACUCCGACAGCAACGCCUUUGCCCCCGAGCUGCCCGGCUUCCCCAGGAAGAGCCUCGGCGUGCCCGAUAUGAGAUCUGCUGUGGAAGGGGGGAGUAUCUGCAGUGAUAAUUCCAUCAAAAAGGAGGAUCACUCGUCACACUCAUCUACCUGUGUGGUAGACACAACUACCAAAGGGGAGGAUUUGGCAGGCUGGAGAGGUCGCUUUGGUACCUCUGCUCUCCGGGGCCUGCUGGCCGUGAGCCUGACCCUCAACGCUGUCUUCACAUCAGCCUAUGUCUACAGGAGCCUGCGCUGACUUGUGCCAGCAGCACUCCCUUUCUCUCUGGUUCCACCUGGUCCUGAGGAGAAGACAACAACUCAACCAUGGCUUCGUGGCCAAGGCCACGCCACCGGUGCAUGCUGUUCAUCAAAAAACUACUGUACACUCAACUGGCAUGAAAAUGAACCUGGGCAGCUGCUGCCAUCACUUCCAGGUGGAACAUAUCCCAGGACUGUCCCUGGACUGGCAGGCAGAAUUCCCAGCUCCAGCUCAAAGCAGGAGGCCAGUCCAAUGGCCCACAAAAGAACUGACCUGAGACACCUGAAAAUGUGUGAGCUGCAUUUUUAGGAACCUACCCCCAGCUCUUCUUUCUGACAUAUUGACCUCGUGCUGAUGGUGCUGGUAAAAUGGGGAGAAUCAGAGCAAAUGAGCUGAAGAAGAGGGAUGGCUUAGUAGCUGGUGCUGGGCUUUGGCUACUGUAACAGCAUCCCCAGGCUCUGCUCAGUGGUUCCUCUUCUCUCUUCUCUCUGGCAUUCUCCUCUAAAUUGUCAGUGGACUUUCUUUAGUUGCCUUAAGCUUGCCUAAGCACAUGGGUGACCUUGGCCGCUCUGUCAUGCUCUUGCAUCUUAGAUGUCCUUGUGCUUCCAGCUGGACCUGGCCCUGAGGCCACUUUGACCAGUUCCAUUCUGGCCAGGCUGGUUCUCAGCCCCUGUGUGUGCCUGUGUCCAGCCAGCUCUGUGGCUGCAGGGCAGCACAGCCCCCAGGCAGACACCCUGUGCUGGCUGCAUCAGAACCUGGAAGCCCGUGCUUUGCUUUGCCCAGGAGGCAUGAACUGUGUUACUCUGAAGUGGGUAAAAAGAAAGGAUCUCAGUGUGAUUUGCAUCACAGUCAAAGGGCUUCAGCUCACAGCUCUGCUGGAGUUUUCACUGAAGCAGUGAGUGGCAGAGCCUGUUCUUGCUGUAAAUCGCACAAAUCUGUUCUGUUGGAGGUGAGUGAGGAGCUGUCUGAUUGUAUACAUCUAUCCAGAAACCUGACACCUCAGUCUGACCUUGGGAUUUGCUAACUGUUUAAAAUAUUUCUUACUUAGUAAAAUGCCCUGGUGCUCUCAGUGAGAAAUGCCAAACCUGCUUCUGGACAAUUCAGCCUUCUGGAUAGAUUCUUCUUUUCUAGCCCAAGGAAAGCAGUAGAUUUUCAAAAGCAGUUUGUAGUUUGGGUAUUUCUGCUUUUGGGUAAGUCUUCAGCAUUGCUUAGAAUUCAGGGGCCAUUUAGAAUAUUGUGCUGAACACUCAGAGUCAUUUAGUGCAGGUUAGGGAAGAAAAAGAAAUCCUGAUCUUGAUGUUUUGGUUCCCAAAAACCAAGUGCAGAGAGAAGAUUUACCAAUGUAUCAAAAAUACCUGGUGAGAAGAGAGUUGACUUGCUGUGUAUUAGCUGUGUAUUUCCUGAAGCAGGACUCGGAUCUAUUAGGAGUUUUUCUGUUGUCUCUUCCUUUGGGCUCCUUUACCUGGAAUUUCACUCCCCCACCCCAGUGCCCUGUGUUUGUGUCCUGGAUUGGUGGUUACUGUGUCUUUCCCUCCCUUUCAGUUCGUUUCUGUUCCUCUCUUACGUUCUUGCAUGUGCACAGAGCAAAGUGCAUCUGCUGCUGGCCAUACUCUGCUCUGAGCCUGGAGCCACACCUCGCAGUGACGAUCACCCUUCCUUUCACUUUGUUUUGUUUUUGUUGCACGUUUUAGUUGAGUUCCUACCCAGCCUCACUUGGUAGACCAUGGGAGCCCUAACCAGACUCUGGUCAGCGUGCGUGUGACAGCAUAAAUGGGGCUUUGCUGCUGCUGCUGCUGAUUCAAGUGCUGAAAAACUGAGUGUCUCUGUGUUUUCCAAGUCUCCCUGCAUGGUUUGAGCUGCCCACUCCCAGCUGCUGCUCCCGCCCUCCCUGUGGCUGAGACUGGUCCCUGCUGUGCCUCGCAGGGGAGGCCAGAGCUGCACACACACGUGCUGAUCCGAGGGGCUGAGGAAAGGUCGCUGCUGACUGCAUCUCCCUCAGCCUCCUCAGAGAGCUGGGAAGGGCUGCACAGCCAGCACCUCCUGGGCAUGGCCCAGAGCCAGGAGAGGCCUGCAGCAGAAAGAGGCGCUGCAGAUUGAUUAAUUCUGUUGUAACUUGCAUGAAUUGUUCCUUGUAGCCAAACCGGACCCAUAACCUUGUAGUAAAGAGAUUUUUGUCCCUUUUAGAGACUUUGCACGCUCACCCGAGCAUGUGUACAGGCAGGAUGAUGGCAGAGCAGCUGCCAAGCUUCUCUUUAAGCCUCUGCUCCCUGGGUUUCAUGAUGUUCUGGUGCAGCGUGUGACAUCCCAUUCACGGAUCCUUGUCCUACGUAGAGGCCUCCUACACAGAGAGACGAGCUGCCAGAAAAUGCCGUGGCUUUGCUUGUCUUCAUCACCCAGCAGAUGUGCACUGUGACUCCGUGUAUGCAAACCUCCCACUUUCACCUGCCAGCCUGCACUGAGUUUCACCACCACACUCGACCAGAUUGCAAUAGCAACCUUCUCCUCCUCUCCAGCAACCCAAGAGCUGCAGCAUCUCCACACACCUCUUCCCACCCGCGUUCCAGAGCAGGAACACUGUAACCUGUCACUGCACUUCUGUGGCUGCUCACUCAAACUGUUCUUGGAAGGGGGUUUGGUGACCUUGUCCAAAGCAAUAGAGAGACUUUGGGGUUUAUUACUGAAGAGGGAAGUUUUUCAUUCUGGUGCUAGAACUCUCUCCCGUGGUGCUCUCACGGUUGUGAAGCCUUUGCUUGAGGAGCACACGAGUGUGUGUGUGUGUGUGUGUGUGUGUGUGUGUGCGUGCAGAUGUACAAAAACAUUUGCAAGGUUUCUUCAUUUCAGAAGAUCUGAGCCCAUGUUUGUCUUUAUAUUGUUGGCCUUAAUCAAGCUCGUGGAUACUGUGUCUAUCUUGCUGCUCUUUUCUGUACAAAGCUGGUUUGGAGGAAGCAGAAGUUUAUCUGGUCCCCCUGUAAAAAUAUCCAUGACUGAUGAUGUUGAUCUUCAUACAGUGUUGUUCAGAGGGGAGAUUUUAUUUUUCUAAUACUUUUCCUACUGUAAAAACUGUUGGAGUGUAUGGAGUGGGAAAGAUCUUUACAAAAUGCCCUGAUAAAGAUCUGAACAUGACUUAAUCAUACCAACAAUUAAUGAUAAGGUCAAGUAUAAAUGAGCUUUAUUUCCAGACCUUUUCCAUUUCCUACUUUCCAUUGAAAAUGUCCAGGUUCUUUUUCUUUGGCUAUGGGCUUGUUAGGCAUGUUCUGAGACCUUGCAGAUACUUUAGAUGAUUUUGCUGUUCUGAAUUAGAAAGAAUUUGUAUUUUGGAGUCUGGUUCCAGUCCCGCAGUCCGGGGAGUUAGGCAGAUGUGACAAAUAUUAUGCACAUAUCUAUUUGAUGGGAUAGAGGGAGUGGGUAGAAGAAGUUGCUGGUUUCUGAAGUUUGUCAUACCUUUUUACAUAAAGUCUUAGACAUUAAAUUGGUCACUGGAGGGGAAAAGCUCAUUGCUGGCAUAUGUAGGCCAGAUUCACUGAAUUUUAGGCUAUUUGUUCAAGCAACAGAUGAGGCCUGUGAAUGUUUGAUUCCCACUCCCUCUUCCUGGGUGCUGGGAACAUCUGUAAAUCCCUGCUGAACUGGCUGGGUUCCUUGUAACAGGGCAGCUGGACUGAAGGGCUUCUGUUGCCUGUGGAUGCUGCUAUAUUUUUCUUCCAAGCACCAUUCCUGGAAAUAACAAUGAUCUUAACCUCUCUCACAGACAUUUGUUAAAAGGCUAGAAUGGGCCAAUUUGGCCCAUACUUUUUUUUUUUUUUUUUUUUUUUUUUUAAUAUAUGUUGCAUCCAGAAAUUAUCAUCAUUGUGUCCUGGGGUGGGAGUAAGGUACAAAGUAUUUCUUGAUUGAAUGGGUAUCUAGAGAGGGUGAGGAGGACAACUUCAAGUCCUAAACCUUAUUUCCUGUGAAAGAAAGACUGUAUGUUAUGUGUGUGUACUUCUUUGGGGAGCUCUCUCACUGUACAGUUUAGUUAAACAUGCUCCAAGGAGGGAGAAGCUGUUCCUCGGAGGUUUUUAGUUCAUGCUUUGUGUUUAAAGAGGAAUAUUUUUCUUUAAAAAAUAAAACCGGAUAAGUUUUCACCUUA